UAAAAUACCGAGUAACCAAAAAAACAGAACAAUAAUAAACAAUCCUACGGCCAGAAAUCAUGGCUCAAACCACCACCGUGAUCUUCAUCCUAGCCACAUUGUUAGUGCCCGCUACGGUUGUUUCAGGACAGACACCACCUAGUCCCGUAGCUCCUAGUCCUACAAUAAACGAAGCUAUGAACUGUGCAGCAGGUUUGACUGUUUGUUUGCCGGCAUUUGCUCAAGGAGGAACUCCGUCGAAGGAAUGUUGUACGGCGGUGAAAACGCAGCAAUCGUGUCUUUGCGGCUUUAUCAAGGCCCCAGUGCUAGUGGUCCCUUUCAAUAUCACUGCCUUCAGUGCUCUUAUCUCCAAGUCUUGUGGAAUCAAUACCAAUCUCAACUUGUGUUCAGAAACUCCCGCUCAAGCUCCAUUGCCGCAUAUGACAGCACCACCUUCAGGUGCACCCAAAACUGACAAGGAUGCUGCAAGCAAACCCGCAGAAACUGGUUUGGUCGGAAUCGUCCUGAUCAUGAUCUCUGCGUUAUUUUAUUAACAUAUCCAUGUAAAAGUUAAAAUUGGUUUGGUUCGUUUUGAUGGCUUUGUAAGUUGAUUUUUAAAUUCAAGAUUACGAGUUUUUGUGGGAUUCGGCUUCUAUUCAAUUUUUUUUUCUUAUUUUUAUUGUGAUUUUCACAACUUUUUGGUUACGAAAUUUAUUUUCUACAAGUUAAAGUACUAUUUUCUCACACUUAUAAGAAAAUAUUUGGUUUGAGCUUCUCUCUAAAAAAUGUAUGAGCACAUAAAGUUAAAAUUUCUUAGUCAAAAACUUAUUUUCAAAAAAAUUGGCUAAUUAUGAGUUUAUGACAUAUCCAAAUUAAACUUGUCCCCUUAUACAUUUGGAUCUUUUUUUUAUUAUCACAAAACACCUUUGAAUUUAAAUAUAAAAUUAACCCUCUAACCCCUAUUUAAUUAGAUAAAUAAUAGAUUAACAUUACAUAAUUAAAUAUGCAUAUAGUAUGUAUUUAAUUAAUUAAUAAAAUGAAUCCUAAAUAUUUAACCUCUCACUCUCUCUAACAAACAUUUUUUUCUCUUUCUCAAAAACUAUGCAUUUGGAUUAUCUAUCUAUUAUUCUGGUCAACUCUCUGGCGAUACCGACCAACUAUCUUCGGCCACUCUCGUUGUUCUCCUAUUAGUAGUUUUUUUUUCUCCUCUUUCAAGAAUUGUUCCUGCGCUUCUUCUCAUUCAUUUCUUCAAUUGUUUUGCCUUUCUCUUCAACGAUUCCUUUACGUUCCUCAGUCAUCAUCUUCAUCUGUCUGCCUAAUCUUCCAUUACAGUUGAUUCACAACUUCUGAAUAUAACCUCGUUGAAUAAAAAAAAUUGAAUUCAACAUAAUUCAGUGUAAUUCAACGUCGAGAUCAAGAUAAGUUUAAAUAAAAUUAGUUACGAUUGCUUUCAAGAUUUUCUCAGUUUAAAAAACAUAAAGUAACCAAAAAUAUAGAAUACAUAUUCUAAAAUGAUAGAUUACUGACAUAAUGUUAGAAUACAAAUUCUAACUUGUCUAGAGCAUAGUAUACAUGUGUAAGAAUUAGUUGUUUUAUCUACGACAGAUGAUAGAGUAAAUGAUAGAACAUAAAAA